AUGGAGGGAGAGCAGCUCAGUGUGAAGGAGGAGACUGAUGCCAGCAGGUUUUCAUUCACCGCAGUUCAUGUGAAGAGUGAGGAUGAUGAAGAGAAGCCUCUGUGCUUACAGCUUCAUCAGUAUCAAAUGGAGGACAGAGAUGUUCCAACCAGCAGCUCAGCUGACCAGAUGAAAGUAGAGGCUGAUGGAGAGGACUGUGGAGGAGCAGAAACCAGCAGGAACCCAGAUCUAAAUCCUCAUGGAGAUGCUUCCAGCUCUUCAGAGACAGAAGUCAGUGAAGAUGAUGAAGACGAUGAGGAUGGGAACAAUGCUGACUCUCAGCUGGAACACUUGUCAGACUCUGGGUCAACAACUGAAGACAGUGACAAAGACUGGAAGGAGAGCAGGUCUCCUGAGUCAGCUGUAAACUCUGUCAACAAUUGUUUCAGCUGCUCUGAGUGUGGUAAAGAAUUUCUCCACAACCUGUCACUUCAGAGACACAUGACAUGUCAUUCAACAGGAAGACAUUCGAGCUGUUUGGGUCAGAAGGAAAGUGUCCAAGAGAAGGACAGGAAAGUCCAGACAGGACCAAAAUCAUUUAGUUGUGAUGAAUGUGGUAAAAGUUUUAACAGCAAUACACAUUUAAACUUACACAUGAGAAUCCAUACAAUGGAGGAACCUUUUGUAUAUGAGGACAGUGGACAAAGAUUUAGCCAGAAGACAGAUUUAAAUGGACACGUCAGAAUCCACAAAGGACAGAAACCAUUUGUAUGUAAGGACUGUGGACUCAGAUUUAACUGGAAGACAAAUUUAAUCAGACACAUUAGAGUUCAUACCGGAGAGAAACCUUUUGUAUGUGAGGACUGUGGACACAAAUUCAACCAGAAGAAAGGUUUAAACCAACACAUGAGAGUUCACACCGGAGCGAAGCCAUUUGAAUGUGACCUUUGUGGACAAAAUUUUAGCCAGAAGUCUGAUUUGAAGAGACACACAAGAGUCCACAUGGGACAUAAACCUUUUGUAUGUGAGGAUUGUGGGAAAAGAUUUGGCCGGAAGUCAACUUUAAAUAGUCACAUGAGAGUCCACACAGGACAGAAACUUUUUGUAUGCGAGGACUGUGGACAGAGAUUUACCCGGAAGGCUAAUUUAAUCAUACACAUAAGCAUCCACACAGGACAGAAACCAUUUGUGUGUGAGGACUGUGGACAAAGAUUCCGCCAGAUGUCAACUUUAAACAAACACAUGAGAGUGCACACAGGACAGAAACCAUUUGUGUGUAAGGACUGUGGACAAAGAUUCAGACAGAUCUCUAAUUUAUACAAACACAUGAGAGUCCACACUGGACAAAAACCAUUUGUUUGUGAAGACUGUGGACAUGGAUUUAGUCAAAAGACUAAUUUAACCAGACACACAAAAGUACACAGGAAACAGAAGCUCUCCUCAGCAGUAGGGUCAAACUUUUAG